AUGAGUCAACAGAAUUUUAGCUACAGAAAAGCACUGGAUAUUUACUUAAAACAUACAAAACAAACUAUGGAUAGCUCUAUCUAUAUAUGGAUAACAUCUAUGAACAAAGUACAAAAGGCUGAUAAAGUACCAAGUGCUGAUUAUACGAAAUCUUAUAGAGAUAUACUUCUAACAAAUAACUACAUAAAUCAAAACUUAUCAGAUACCGAAAGUGGAGAAGAGGAUACCAGUAAAGAACAAGCAACUUACAAAAACAUUAAAAAUAAACAUACUAAAAGAAUUCCCAAUUAUAACGUUAAACAUUCAAUGCAAAAAAAGUCCAUUGUUGCAACCGAGUCAGCUAUAUUAAAUAAUGAAGAAGUGGCAAGAAUGGAAACUGACCUCUGUGCAUGUACAGAACAACAAGAGGAGAAACAAAAGAUGUCUAAGAUAUGGGUAAUUAUUAAAAGGGUAAAAGAAAUAAUAAAUAAACGUUUAAAUGCAGUUAGUGGAUAA